UAAACUAAAAAAAGACAGAGAACAAGAAACAGAAAGCAAAGAGCGCCUUGUAGAUUAGGUUUAAGUUUAAUGCAGUCCCAGUGUAUCAUAAAAGAACAAACCUAUUGACUGCAGUUAAGUUAGGUCACGGACCAAGAUAGGUUAAGUUAGGUUAAUCACGUCAAACGUUGACAAGCCGGAGACAUGCUUCCUCGAGUUUGACGUGGAGCUGCUGUUUUGCGAAUCACAGCACGGUCGACAACAUACGGACGAGACAAAUGAGGAACGGCAAUAAAGAGACAAUGUCGUAUCUGCGCGACUGGCGACAGGCGUUGCGGGCACCGCACGUCUAUCGAGUUGCGAACAGCACGUUCCGCGUGCAGAGUCAGUGUAUGCUGCUGCUUCUCCUCAUUGUGAGUGUGCCGCUUUUCUUCCUCGCGUAUCCAUUGUUACAUACUGUUAUAUGCUCGCCACCAAACACGUCGACCAUCACGCAGUGUCGUUAUUACAAGUACAACAAAACUUAUCCUACUUCGACACCUAUCAGAACUUCCAUGGGCAUCACCUACAGGAUAGCAAUAGUGAGCGACCUCGAUCACGACUCCAAGCUCCCAGAUAAGAAGGAUACAUGGCAUAGUCUCAUGAAAACAGGCAGUCUCUAUUGGAAUCCUAACACGAAUUUUCUCUCUGUUAUCUGGGACGACAGAACUAUUACGUUAUCUUCGUCGCUGUCUAUGAAAGGACGUGGUAUGGAACUGUCGGAGUUGGUGACGUUUGACGGUCGUUUACUAUCCUUCGACGAUCGCACAGGAAUGAUAUACUUCCUUGAAGGUGAUCAAGCAUAUCCAUGGGUGAUCUUAAUGGAUGGAAAUGGUAGAAAUCAUAAAGGAUUUAAAUCUGAGUGGGCAACCAUCAAAGAUGAGCAAUUGUAUGUUGGCAGUAUGGGAAAAGAAUGGACUACACCAUCUGGAGAAUUUGAGCACAACAAUCCAUUGUGGGUAAAAGUGGUAUCGCCACGUGGGGAGACACACUCUCUUAAUUGGAUUUCUUAUUACAAACGUUUAAGGCAAGCGAUUAACAUCGAGUAUCCAGGUUAUAUGAUACAUGAAUGUGGAGUUUGGAGUGACAUACACAAGAGUUGGUUCUUCUUGCCCAGAAGAUGCUCCCAUGAACGUUACAACGAGACCAGAGACGAGAUAAUGAGUUGUAACGUCAUGUUAACUGCAGAUGAAAAUUUUGUUGAUAUUAAAGUGACUUAUGUCGGAGAUUUAAUUCCAAUCAGAGGUUUCUCCAGUUUUAAGUUCCUUCCUGGUUCACAGGAUUCUAUUAUAAUAGCAUUAAAAACUGAAGAAUACCAAGGGCGGACCGCUACUUACAUUAUGGCUUUUACAACGAAGGGAACUGUGAUAAUGCCCGAAAUUAAAGUAAUGGAUAAGAAAUUCGAAGGACUGGAAUUUAUAUGACAUUCCGCAUAAAAAUAGUCGCCAAUUGUUUAACAAACUUGUAAAUAGAUGUACAAAUUUUGCAUAGACUUAAGUUUUUAUGAACCUGACCUUUAGAAAAUUUAUCAGUGUAAAUAACUUGAAGUCGUUUGAACGGCAAGCACUUCUGCAUUUGAAAAGUACCGGGAUACAAAUUUAUUGUCACUAAUAUUAAAGCAGAAACAACGAAUUCGUUCGUUAUGUAAAUGUAUGCUGAACGACAAUUGUAAAUAUAUACGCUGUAUAUAUACAUAUACGUUAUUGCUCUGUUCUGUUUUCGGUAAUGUUCGUAACGUAAAUACUAAUAGAUGAGAUACAUUA